CAAAACGCCAGUUGGCUAGCGAACUCGUGUCGCCGCGGUCGCUAUGAUCUUGGUUCUCCUGUGAUAGCGUAAACAUUUUACUGUGAUAUCCAUGUUUUUACCUCGUAUGACGUUAAGUGCAUCGAUGAUUAGAUAGUGAAAUACGAGGAAGGAUUAAAAGAAACAAAAGUGAGACACAUCGGUUGUGAUAAUGGAAAACGGUGUGGAGGUCAUCAAUGACAACAAUAAUCAAACUCCAAAUGGAAUCGACAAAUCUCAUUUAAAUGGUCCGGAUCAAGUUGCUCCGGCAAAAGAGUAUUACUGCUGUAUACCCGGUGGCAGAGUAAAGCUACGGAUAGGUACGCGGGGCCCCGCCUCGGAACCACCUAUAUCCGUGCCAGGUCUGCUAAGCAGGACCGCAGCUAGGUACCCAGAUGAUAUUGCGUUGGCGACAAAAAAAGAAGAUGGGAAAUGGCAUAAACUCACAUACAAACAAUACCAGGAGAAGGUCCGGACGAUCGCGAAGGGUUUCCUCAAGCUGGGGCUGGAGCGACACCACUCCGUGUGCAUCCUCGGCUUUAACUCCGAGCAGUGGUACAUCGCGGACUUGGCGGCGAUACACGCAGGAGGUUACGCAGCAGGCAUCUACACAACCAACUCUGCGGAAGCCUGUUUCCAUUGUUUAGAAACGUCACGAGCGAACAUUUGUGCGGUACAAGACAAGAAACAGCUAGAAAAGAUCCUGUCGAUACGAAGCCGACUCAAACAUCUCAAGGCCAUCGUACAAUGGGAGGAACCGGUGGACACCUCGGUACCAGGGGUGUACAGUUGGACACAGGUCAUGGAAAUGGGUCUCAAAGAGCCAGACACACAGCUGAACCAGAUCUUAAAAUCCAUAGCAGUCAACGAAUGCUGUACCCUCGUAUAUACGUCCGGCACAGUGGGACCACCGAAAGCCGUGAUGCUGUCCCACGACAACCUGACGUGGGACGCGUUCACCAUCGGCGAGCGCGUGGGAGACAUCCGGCCCACCAUGGACAAGCUGGUCUCCUUCCUGCCGCUCAGCCACGUCGCUGCACAGGUGGUGGACAUUUACACAACCCUGUCGUUCGCUGUGGCGGUGUACUUCGCGCAGCCUGACGCAUUAAAGGGCAGUCUGGUGGAGACCCUGAAAGAAGUUAGACCCACAAGAUUCCUCGGAGUGCCAAGAGUAUGGGAGAAAAUGUACGAAAGAAUAAUGGCGGUUGGCGCUUCAAACGGAUCCAUCAAACGCUGCAUCGCUCAGUGGGCCAAAGAUAAGGGCAGCAAACACCAUUUAGCUAGGAUAAACGGCGCGAUGUCAGCUAAGAUGACGGGUCUACCAAUAGACUACAGUGUCCUCGAAUGGUUAAAUUUCUGGCAAACCGGCACGACGUGCGGGUAUAAGAUGGCGCGUUCCAUGAUCUUCAAUAAGGUGAAGGACCAACUCGGGUUGGACCAGUGUUCCACGUUCGUGACGGCGGCCGCGCCGCUGUCGCCCGAGAUCAAGAAGUUCUUCCUGUCGCUUGAUAUACCGAUAGUAGAUGCUUUCGGCAUGAGCGAGGCUGCCGGCGCUCAUACACUUAGCAUAUAUCCCAAAUUCUCAUUCGACUCGUCGGGAGAGAUCCUAGAUGGUACGGAGACGAAAUUCGAGGGUGCCGUCAGCGUCAAUGGUCCUGGCGAGAUCCUGAUGAGAGGCCGCCACGUGUUCAUGGGCUACUUGAACGACGAGGAGAAGACCAGAGCCGCCUUGGAUGACGAGGGCUGGCUACACUCUGGGGAUGUUGGCAGAUUGGACAGCCUGAACCUACUUUAUAUCACUGGAAGAAUAAAGGAAUUGCUGAUCACAGCUGGCGGUGAGAACGUGGCGCCGGUGCUGAUAGAGCAGCAGGUGCAGGCGGAGCUGCUGCACGUGGGCUACGCCGUGCUCAUCGGCGACCGACGCAAGUUCCUCGCCAUACUGCUCACGCUUAAGGCCAAAGUGAAUCUAAACACUGGCGACCCUUUAGACGAACUGGACAACGAGACGAAGAAGUGGGUCGCCAGUCUCGGCAGCAAGGCCACUACGAUCAGCGAAAUCGUCAGAACAAAAGAUCCUCUAGUAUACAAGGCGAUAGAGGCGGGCAUAAUGCGCGCGAACAAGCACGCGAUAUCGAACGCGCAGAAGAUACAGAAGUUCGAGAUCCUGCCAGCUGACUUCUCCAUGAACACCGGUGAACUAGGUCCAACGUUGAAGAUCAAGAGAAACGUCGUUUAUGAAAAAUAUAAGGAUAUCAUUGAAGGGUUCUACAAGGAAUAGUUUAAGAGUAAUUUACGAGUAUAGUCAGAGCACGAUAACCAGUGGAAACUACCGAAUCGUGUGUGGCAAAAUUUGGCCUAUCAUCAUCUUAAUAAGCGCAGUGUUGUUUAAAAGCGAAAAAAAAAUCAGGGUGAUA